AUGGCGUCAGGAGGAGGUAAGCCUUGGGUUUGUGGGGAGAGUGGUCCCGCCAACACCCGGAACCAGGCAUCACCUGAAACCUCCAGCAGCCCCAGUAGCGUCUACGAGAACUUUCGACGCUGGCAGAAAUUCAAGGCCCUGACCCGGAGGUACCUUCCUCAGACUCCGGACACUGAGGCUGUUUCCUGCUUCCUCAUCCCGGUGCUGCGCACCCUGGCCCGCCUGAAGCCCACCAUGAGCCUGGAGGAAGGCCUGCGCCGGGCCCUGCGGGAAUGGGAGGGCACGAGCAAUUUUGACCGCAUGAUCUACUAUGACAUGGCUGCCAAGUUCAUGGAGUUUGAGGCUGAGGAAGAGAUGGAAGCGCAGAAGCUGCAGUGGAUGAAUGGAGUACAGGGCCUGCCAACCACUGCUCCACCCAGGCCUGAGCCUCAGGGGGCUCCAGGCCCACCGCUACGCCAGCAGCCAGUUACCGAGCCUCAGCGGGCCCCCAAAACCAAGGCCCCCAAGGAGAUCUCCCCUGAGACCGUGCAGAACAUGGAUAUCAUGGACGAGCAGCUAAAGGCCCCCGAUACAGUCUGCGGGGCGCCCCUUGGCCGAAGGGCAGCGGGCAGGAAGGAGCAGCAGGAGGAGGCCGGGACCUGCCCUGAGCCGGGGCUCCUGAGCUAUGUGUACGAGCUGUGUUCCCAGGAGGCCUUUGUCACCAAGGUCGAGGCAGUCAUUCACCCCAGCUUCCUUGCGCACCUGCUCUCCCCAGAAUCCCAGCUGGAUCUCCUGGACCUGGCUGAGGAGCUCGAGGAGGAGGAAGAACUCACCCCCACACAGAUUGUGGAAAAGCGUCUACGGACUGUGCUGGACAAGGAGGUCCAGAAGGGUAACCUUGAGGCUCCUCCACAGCACCAGUAG